ACCUAACCUAACCUAUGUACGUCAACCUGCCCCCCUGCCCCCACACUAAGCCCGCAGCCCGUACCCGGUACCGCGGGAAGGAGCUUUACAUUAGGUACCUAGGUACUACAUUAUCUGUGCCUUAUUACUAUUUUUUACAUAGAAGGUAACGUGAGGUAAUGUAACUAACCUAACAUUGACGCCGGGGCCAACUCGCUACAUGGUACCUACACUACCUACACUACCUGAUUACUGAGCAGUGAGGUCUCUACCUCCUACCCCUAGCAGCCUAGGUGUUCUUUACCAGCUGGGCCGGCUGAGGUACCUCUUACUAUGUAUUUAUUGUACAUACCUAGGUAUGGACCUCCAUCUGGAUUAUGUACGUCCCGUCUUACCUACAUUACAACGUUAGGUACUUUGUACUUUGCACACAUUCACACUCAUACACACGCAUUAACAGUGCAUUCAUCCUAAUCCAUCCAUCCAUCAAUCAAAUCGACAAUCAUUAAACCUUAACCCUUUCACCCCACAAAACCGUAAUCAUUGGAUCAAACUCUCUUAUACGUUAUACGUAAUACCUACCUAGGUAUACUAUAAGUAGGUAGGAGGUAGAUAGGUAUUCUACUGACCGACGACAACCUUCACGCCAUCCUUGAGAGGAGAAGAACAGAACGCACAUCAACAACAACAAUACCUAAAGUAAUAAUAAUUAUAAUAAUUACUAUAAUCAUGAGCAACUACCACGUUCCUACCGGCAGCUUCACCCCCGGCGGAGCGGUAGGCGUCGGUAUGGCUGUAGGCGUGGGCGUGGGCGUGGGCGUGGCAGGAGCCGCGGGGACGGCGACGAUGACGGACGACGAGUUCACGGCCGACAUGCGGGACCGCCAGGCGCGAGGCAAGGACCCGUACGAGUCGUCCGACGCCAGCAGCAACUGGACUCCCGAGGGGACUAGGAAGCACCGCGCCGGCGGCGGCAAGGACGAGUCCUUCUCCAUGACCGAGCGCCGCCGCGUCGCUUCCCAGGUCCUGGAUAGCCCCGAACUUCUGAUGAUGGCUGCGCAACGAGAUAACGAGAGUAUACCAGCCACCCGGCUCCGCUACAUCCGCAUGCUAUGCGGUUUCGAGGAGCCUCCGCAGCCGCAGUCCGCGCGUAAGAAGUCGCACCGCGGCGGCGGCGGCAGCGGUGGUAGCAGCAAUGAUUCUUCUCGCGCGUCGGGGGGUUCGACGCCUGGACGUUCGGGGAUGAAGGAUACCCGGUGAGGCGAGGUGAUGUGGUGUGGUGUAGCGGCGAACGGGUGGACGUAGUUGUGGUAGCAGUUAGGAAACGGCGAGGAGAGGAGAAGAGAAGAGAAAAAAAGGGGGGGAGGUGGUGUCUAAUUCGGUUGUCUGGGCUGCUAUGCGACUAUUGGAUCUAUCUAUUCAGUUCAGUUCAGUAUGGUUCAUUUCAGCUCAGCUUGACAGAAAGAAGAGGGGAAAAGGAGUUCGUUGAUUCCUAUAUUAUUUAUUUAUUUAGACAUAAUAUAGUUAGACGCGGAGUUGGAGUUAGAGUCUAAAUACUUAGAUGUGUCGGAAGGAAAAGGGAAAAUAAAAAAAAAGGAAGCAAACAGGAAAGAAAUAAAGAGAGAAAAAAAAAAAA